CAACAUGGUCUUUGAGGAAGUUCAUGAAUAAUCUUCUUGGUCAUGAAGGAAAUAAAAGGAAGAAAGGCGAUGAAGGACGUAGAGGCAGCGGCAAAGGUCCAGAUUCCUACAACCUGUUCGAUAGGAAGCCAGAUUACAAGAAUGAUUAUGGAUGGAGCUUGGCCUUGGAUCAAUCUGAGUAUUCUCCAUUGAAACACUCUGACAUCGGCGUCUACCUCGUCAAUCUUUCAGCGGGAGCUAUGAUGGCACCACACAUUAAUCCAACAGCAACAGAGUAUGGAAUAGUGUUGAGAGGAAGUGGCAGCAUCCAAAUCGUGUAUCCAAACGGGACAUUAGCAAUGAAUGCUAUAGUAAACGAAGGAGAUGUAUUCUGGGUGCCAAGGUACUUCCCCUUCUGUCAAAUUGCAUCAAGAACAGGACCGUUCGAGUUCUUUGGAUUCACGACGACAGCAAGGAAGAACAUGCCACAGUUCUUGGUGGGUCAGAAUUCGAUACUUCAGAGCAUGAGAGGACCUGAAUUUGCAGCUGCAUUUGGUGUUAGUGAAGAGAGGUUAAGGAAGAUUUUGGAUGCUCAGUGUGAGGCGGUAAUUUUGCCGUCAGCAUCGGUUGCUCCCUCGGAGCCGAUGGAUCCGAGGGGGGAGGAGGAAGAGAAAGAAAGAGGAGAGAAGGGAAAAGAGAAGGAGAAGAUGAAGGAUGUGAUGAAGAUACCAGAAGUGAUCAAGAGCUUAGGCAAUGACAUGAUGAUGGGAUUUACUUAG